AUGGAGGAGUGUGAGGGUCUGGAGUCUGAGGGGACAGAGCUUCAGGAAUUUCUAAGUGAGGCUUCAGAGGCCAUCAGCCAGGACGAUGAAGACGAGGUGGAGCUACUGCAAAACAGUCUGCGAGAGGUUGUCCAGGACCAGUCUGUAAAGCCCAAGUUCCAGUGCCUGAUGGUGGAUCCAUCGUUCUCCAUGAUAACUGUUCAGAGCGAAGACAGUGGUAUUGUCUGGGAGACUGCCUCUAGCCGCUGCUCUACCCCCUGGGCCUCUGAAACCAGUUCCAUCUCUGAAGCCUACAGCAUGGAUGGCUCUGGAGCUGCAGGAAAGAUCACCAUCGUCUUUGAUGAGGAAAAAAUAGUCCGUAGGAGGACGAGAUCUGGAAGGAGCAGCAGGCUGGGGGACAGGCUGAGUCGACCUGGUAGUUCAAGAUCAGCUUCAGUCCUGGGAGUGGAGAGACCUGAGAUGGCGGAGAUUUCUCUUCCCAAUGUCAAACGAGAAAAAAACGAAAAGGCGCCAGACUUGGAGGAAAUCCAAAACAAAGAUCAGCAGCUGUUUAGUCUGAUUUCAGAGGGUUAUGAGAUUCUCAACAUCAGAGUCCCCUCCAAACUUCCCACUGUGGAUGAGGAAGAGAGCACAGAGUUGCAGGACAAUUUGUCUUAUUUGGACCAGACUCCGAAGAUCAGGUCCCGAAACAGAGAAGACUGGACACUGCAACAAAAUCAUGCUCCACCAAAGGACGGGGAAUUACUGGAUAACCAAGAGAUUGACUUGCAGAUUGUGAUCUUUCCUCAGCCCUCAAAGCAAGACUCUUCUCAGCCAUCAGCGGACACAGAGCUCAGCCACAAACCCAUUGAGAAAGAGAGCACUGGCGACAUAGACUACUUCGAGAAGUUUACCUUGGUUGAUGUGGUGGUUCCUGGAGAAGCUCCAGAGCUGCAGGAGGAACCAGAACAGCCACAGGAGAAGCCCAAAGUUGAGGAGCAAAAGCAAGCUAAGGACGCCGCCACAGACAGCCCCUCUGCAUCAGAAGAUUCUUUUGUCUUUGUUACGGAUGUGGAGAUAGUGGGGGAAUACCUUGAUGAGGUCUUCUACGGCGAAGGAGAUCCUACUGAGGCAUUGCAGCGGCGGGAAGACGAUGAGGCGGAGAGUGGGAUGAGAAGGAGACGAGCGAGCCAGAGAUCUUUAAAGGAGAAUGGUUCUGUGUUGUUUGGGGGUGAAGACACCAUCCUCACGCCUAUUUUUAUCUCCCCUGGACCCCCAAAGAUCAUUGACCAGAUCCUGCUGGAUGAGCCGACUGCCAUGUCCUUUAUGUACUCAGACCUUUACGAGGACGCUGUAGGCGAGAGGAGGACGAGCGACGAGGAACACUCUGAGGCAGAGAGCGUGGCAUCUGAGAAGACUUAUAAGAGACGUUUCUCAGAUUCAGAGGAGGCAGAUGGGUACCUGGAGAAGUUUAUUUUGAAGGAUGAAACUCCCACAGUGACAGUUCAACCAGAGUCAUUGGUGGAGAAGAGGGAGGGGAGGACAAUGUGGUUGCAGAGUGAGUUUGACAUGACAGGAUGUCUAACAAGAGUGGUCAGCGAAGAUGAGGCCAAGACUAAAACAGAGGAACCAAAAAGACUAGAGGUCAGUGUUGGAGAUGAAGAUUUACAAUCAGCCACAUUUAAAGAGAAAAGAGAAAUAAUUACUGAGACAAAAGAGAUUAAAAAAAUACAAGUCUCCAUGGUGACUGAAGAGCGGCCUGUCAGAGAGGCCUCCCACGAAUCAAUUCAGGUGUCCAAACUGAGAGCGGAUCAGGAAGUUAAACAUGAGGUAAAGAGGGACCAGACUGUGCCUCCUAUGAGCGACAUUGAUAAACCACUAACUGAAACUCAGCAGGUAGAAAGUAAAGUAGAGAAAACAGAUGAGCAGAGAGAAGUCCCAGCAGAACCAACUAGUAUUAUUGAAACUGAGCAGCCACGUCAGACACAACAAGUGGUAGAACAAACAGCUCAGGGGAUUGUAUAUGCUGCAGAGGAGACGGCUGUGGUAGGACCUGGAAUCAGUGAGCUGCCUCACAUCAUCACUGAGAUGAGUUUGUCUGAGGAGGCAGCUACUGACACCAAGAUGAUGGCUGAUAAUGAGAAAGACUUAAACGAGGCCUUAGCUGAAGUGAAAGAGACUGAAAGACAGGAAAUUCUCACCUCUACUGAAAGAGAGAAACCCGCUGAAACAUUUGUGUGCGAGAAAAAAGAAGCAGCAGAAGUUGUUACUGGAGAUGGUGCACCUGUUGAAGUGAUCACCAACUGUGAUUCUGCAGUACAUGCGUUAGUGGAGGUGAUUGAAAAAGCAGUGGAUGAAAAAGAGAUCCAAACUAAAGUUCGGAUUGAUCUUCAGGAGGCAAUAAGUGUUGAGACAACAGAUGUUCAAAUAGCUGAAGGAGAAGAAAAACAUGGCGUUCUAUCAGAGGAAACUGAAGUUGAGAGCCAGUCAGCUGAAUUCAUUACUGAAGGUGAUGAAGAGUCAGAAGUUAAAGCAGAGAUUUCAAGUGAACCUGCGAUGUCAAAUGAAGUAAAAAAAGAUUCAGAUAAAACAAUUAAUGAAACAAAGCAGCACCAACAGGAGGCUUCAGUAACUGACACUGAGCCGAUAACUGAAGCCAAAGAUAAAACACCCACAGAGGACACAGGCACUACUCAGGAGAUGGUGAAUGUGGGUGAUGAGUUGAUCCUCCUUGUCCCCAAAGGACAAGCUGUAGAGAUGGACAUCGAAAUCAGUCAGUUAUCAGAGAAGACUUCAAGUGAUACAGUAGCUCUCUGUGAACCAGACAUCACAUGUGGACGUCUCGCAGCACCUGACACCCCCACGACAUGCACACAGACUCUUCAGGCACCAACAGAAGAAACAAUGACAGAGCCUCAACUGGAAGUAAAACCAGACGUAGUUCUAAAGGAAGACGCACUACCAAGAAGCGCGUUAGACAGUCGGUACACUCCUCCAGCACCUGUGGAGGAGGCCUACACAGAUGAGCAGAAGAUGAAGAGGGACUUUGAGGAAGAUGAGGGCGUAUUUUCCUCUCCGAGGAGCUUUACUCCCCAUGAGGAUUUGUCUGAGAUACACAGCGAGGAUAUUAAAUCAGGAGCAGCAAAUGUAGAACAAAAGGCAGAGAUUCACAAGCUGGACGAUGCCCCAGAAACUAUCAUUGUUGCAGAGCUUUCAAGUACAGAGAUUGAUCUGCACAGAGAGGAUGUAGAACAAAAGAUUGAGCAAGACGAGGGACUUGCAGAGGCUCCAGAGGUGAUUGUUGACGAGCUUGAAUAUGAGAUAAUAUAUAAACAAGAUGCCAAAGAAAUGGCGGAACCUGAAACACAGAGAAAUUCAGAGGAACCAAAGCCUGAGUCUGGCCAGGAGAAAGAUGAGAGGAUGAAGAUGAAGGAGGAGAGGGAAGAGGAAGUCUUCGAUCUGUCCCCAGAUGAUGAGUUCAUAGAGGCCGACUAUGAGAUUAUCGAUGCAGAGGAAGAGAGUCAAGCUCGACUGGCUGCUGAGCUGCAGCGGAUGGACAGGUUCUGUAUCACCUGUGGAUGUCUGCUGUCGGAGGACGACUGUGUGGCUGGAGAGCAUCACAGCCACGAGGUUACUGCUGUGGACCAAGCCUACGAGGAAAUAAAGGUGAAGCUGAGUGACUGGAUCUCAGAGCUUCAGGGGAGGUCAGAGAACAUCGAGGACCUGGUAUUUGAACUCGAACUGGCCUACAACUCGGUAGAGGACCAGUGUGUGGAGAGCGAGGCGGCGAUGCAGGCGCAGAAUGAGGAGAUGAUGGCUCUGGUGAUGGAGCAGUACAACGACAUGUCUGUCAGCAUGGAGGAGGAGAAGAAGGCCAAACUGGAGCAGCUAUAUGACCAGAUUGUCGCCUUCCAGGAGAGCAUCGACACUGCCAAGGCCACGCUGGAAACCACUGCCAGAGAGGCCGAGACUGAUGCACGGUCACCUGAAGACAUACAUGCAAGUCUCAAGGCAGCUCUGGGCUCAGCCAUGUCACUGGAGCUGGGGCCCAAAGGACUACUGGUGUUUGAGGACUAUGCCAGGGGCAACACUUCUAGCCCGAUACUCGCACAGCGCAAGGGAAUCCCAGUGCCUCAGAGGCCUACGCUGCAGCCUCAGGAGCCAGGUUCAGCCUCCAGCACCAGUGUCACCGUUUACUGGAAGGUCAACCCUGGAGAUAUCAUAGACUGCUUCCAGGUCUACUGCAUGGAGGAUCCACAGGGAGCUGUGUCAGAGGAGUACCGCGUGACAGUGAAGGAGAGCUAUUGCGCCCUGGAGGAGCUGGAGCCUGACAAGACCUACAAGGUGUGGGUGAUGGCUGUCAACUACACAGGCUGCUCUCUGCCCAGCGAGAGACUCUCGUUCAGAACUGCUCCAUCAGUGCCAGUGAUUGAAACGGAGCGCUGUACUGUCAUGUGGGAUUCAGCUACACUUCGGUGGAGCUCAGCAAAUCAGACUCCUGCACAUAGUUACACCCUGGAGUACUGUCGCCAGUAUGAACUAGAGGGAGAGGGGCUCAGGUCCAUCUCGGGUAUCAAAAGCUGCGAGCGGAGGGUUCUCCUGCAGCCCAAUGAAAACUAUCUGUUUUAUAUCAAAGCUGUGAAUGAAUCUGGGGCCAGCGAACAGAGCGAGGCUGCCCUCAUUUCCACCAAAGGGACAAGGUUCCACCUGCUGAAAGCCUCAGCUCACCCCGCUCUGGAGCUGUCGGUGGACCAGACCACUUUGCACUACAACACGCCGUCAACAGACAAACAAGAUUGUAUGUAUUCUAGGUGUCCAUGCAUCCUGGGUGAGUUGUUGCCGGCACAAGGACAUUACUACUGGGAGACCCUUGUGUCAGGAAGCACGGCUUACAGGCUUGGAGUGGCAUACAAUACAGCCAAUAGAAACAGCCCCCUGGGAGAAGACAACUUGUCAUGGUGUUUGCAGUGCAUCCCUACACCAUCAGGCUGCAGGUAUCAGCUGCUCCACAAUGACAUUCAGGCCAGUGUGUUUGUGAUUGAGAUGCCUGAGCGAGUUGGUACUCUCCUGGAUUACCAGCUGGGUCGGUUGUCUUUCUACAACGCCCAUAGCGGUCAGUUGUUGGGCACUUUCUGCCAGCGCUUUACCCAGCCGUGCCACCCUGCUCUGGCCCUGGAGAUGCCGGGCAGCCUGGAGGUCAGCAUGGUGCUGGAGGUGCCGGAGUUUACCAAAGAUAGCUAG